AUGAGACGCCCUCUCCACAGUUGUACGCCAUGUCUCCACUACUCUAGCCCUCGAGUGCUCUUCUCUGUCCGAACGAUUACAACCACUGCGACUCGACCGUACAUGACAGGGCCUCCCGCGAAGCACCCCAACAGAGUCCCUCUCCAGGACAUCACCCCGACGCACAUCUCCUCUUACUGGGACACCCAAGCGCCCAAUCGCGCCCAGCUCAACUAUGCGGACAAGAUCUUUGCCGUGACGCGCCACUCACCCAUCAAGAAAUGGUCUGCGUCGAAAUUCCGCACCGCGCCCGAUUCCUUCGAGCCGGAGGUCGCGUUCCUGGGACGGUCGAACGUCGGCAAGAGCUCGCUCCUCAAUCGCGUCAUGGGCCAGGAGAUGUGCUGGACGUCGUCGAAGCCGGGUCGCACACGAGAGAUGAAUGCCUAUGGGAUCGGAGGCACCAAGGGGGAGGAAUCCAAGGUGGUGGUGCUGGACAUGCCGGGUUACGGUCGGGGAGGUCGCGCGGAGUGGGGGGUGGAGAUUCUCAAGUACCUUCGUGGGCGGAAGCAGCUCCGUCGCGUGUUCGUCCUCGUUGACAGCACACAUGGGUUGAAACCCACCGACAUCGAUCUGCUCCACUUGUUUCGAGAACAUGCCAUUCCACAUCAGGUGGUCCUUUCCAAGGUCGACCGGUUCCUGUCCCGGAAACCAAGCCACUUGCGACAUGGUUUGCCCACCGCCGGUCUGUCUCUACUGCAGGAGAUGCUGCAGUACCUGAAGUCGAUUGUCCAACCCACUGGACAUGGAGAAGGGCCAGGUGCCCUUGGGGAGAUCCUGACCUGCUGUGCGGACAAACAUCCGGUCCUGGGGAUCAGCGAGCUGCGCUGGGCGAUCCUCGCGGCGGCGGGGUACGAGGGAAGCAUCGAGGUGAAGACGGACACGAAACGGGCCAUGAUACCAGCCGCGAAACUAGCCACGAAACUGGCCAAGAAACCGGCCGCAAAAGCAGGCGUGAAACCAGGCGUGAAACCAGGCGUGAAAAAAGGCUUGAAAAAAGGCGCGAAACCAGGUGCGAAACCAGGUGCGAAACCAGGUGCGAAACCAGGUGCGAAAUCAGGUGCGAAACCAGGUGCGAAACCAGGUGCGAAACCAGGUGCGAAAUCAUCCAAGAAGAGACCAGACGCGAAAUCAGGCACGAAACCGACCGCAAAACCGGCCGCCUCGGCUGCUGGUCCAUCUUGA